AUGCGCUGGACCACGAUCACCGCCGGACUCGUGUCCGUGGCGGCGGUGGCGGACGCGCGAAGCUACCAGCACGUCGGGAAGAAGAGCCCCAAGCAUACUCCCGAUGCCGAUAGCUACCUGGCGCAUUUCCUCGCCACGCGACAGGUGCCGGCGCCCAAGUUCGCCAAUGACAACACCACAGACUUCGCCGUCAAUGGCACAGGCAUACCGGACGUCGACUUCGACGUUGGGGAGUCUUACUCGGGAUACCUGCCCAUCAGCGAUGACCCCAAUGACACGAAUGAGCUGUUCUUUUGGUUCUUUCCCAACAGCGGCAACUCGACCGAGAAGGAGAUCUUGCUGUGGCUCAAUGGCGGUCCCGGCUGUUCCUCCUUCGAGGGCCUUCUCCAAGAGAACGGCCCCUUCAUCUGGCAAUACGGCACCUACAAGCCGGUGCCUAACCCAUGGUCCUGGAACCGGCUCGUCAACGUCGUCUGGGUCGAGCAGCCCAUUGGCACGGGCUUCUCUCGCGGCGAGGUAACAGCAACGAGCGAGGAGGACGUGGCGGCGCAGUUUCUGGGCUUCUGGAAGAACUUCAUCGAGACCUUCUCGAUGCAGGGCUACAAGGUCUACAUCGCCGGCGAGUCGUACGCAGGCAUGUACGUGCCGUAUAUUUCCGGUGCUAUGCUCGAUGCCAACGACACAACUUACUAUGACGUUAAUGGCAUCCUGAUCUACGACCCCGUGAUCGGCGACGACGUCGUGCAGGACGCCACCACCGUCGUGCCGUUUGUAGACUACCAUCAUAACCUCAUGCCGUUCAACGACAGCUUCAGCGAGAAGAUUCAUGGCCUGCACGAGUCCUGCGGUUUCGCCGAGUACCAGGACAAGUACCUCACGUACCCGCCGCCGGGCCCGCAGCCCGCCAACUACAGCGGCGGCGUAAGCGAAGAGUGCACGGGACUAUGGGAGAUGGUCCUCGACGAGGCCCUAUCGAUCAACCCGUGCUUCGACGUGUACCAAGUCGCAACGACCUGCCCGCUCCUCUGGGACGUCCUCGGCUUCCCCGGGUCCAUCUUCUACACGCCCGCGGGCUCCGGCCCCGUCUACUUCGACCGGACAGACGUCAAGCGCGCCAUCCACGCCAACGAGUCGUACGCCUGGGAGGAGUGCUCGUCAGGCAACGUCUUCGUCGACGGCACCGACACGUCGGACCCGCCGAUCUGGCGCGUGCUGCCGCAGGUCAUCGAGGCGACGCAGAAGGUCAUCAUCGGCCACGGGUCCCUGGACAUGAUCCUGCUGCCCAACGGCACGCUGCUCAGCAUCCAGAACAUGACGUGGGGCGGCGCGCUGGGCUUCCAGCAGCCGCCCCGGGACCCCUUCUACGUGCCCUUCCACUUCGACUCCACGCCCACCGACAUCUACGCCGAGACCGACGCCACCAAGCUGGCCACGCUCGCCGCUGCUGGUGUGCUCGGGACCACGCAUACCGAGAGGGGCCUCACUUACGUCGGCGUCGACUUGGCGGGUCAUAUGAUUCCCCAAUAUGCCCCCAGCGCCGCAUUCCGCCACCUCGAGUAUCUACUCGGCCGCGUCGACAGCCUGAGCUCGACAAAGGCGUUCAGCACCGAGCCCUCGGUGCCGCAGGCGCAGGUCGGCACGCUGGGCAACGGGACGGGGCCCGCGACGUUUAGUGACGAGAAGGACAGCGGGAGCGGCAACGGGAGCACGGCCGCCACUUCGCGGGCCACGGCGGCGGCGGUGCGAGGUGUUGGUGGUGGUUACUGGGCUGUGGGCGCCGUUGCUUUGGCCGCGUUGCUUGUAAUGUAG